AUGCUGGAGUCGCAGCUCUACAACAUGCGCCACGCGCUGGACAAGCUCAGCAAGAGCGCGGGGUCGAAGCAGAUUGCCAUCACCGAAACCGGAUGGCCGACGGAACCAAGCGCGGUUGGCGCAUCGAUUGCAAACGCGCGCCUCUUCUACCAGGACAUGCGCCGCGACCUAGGCCGCAUGACGACGACGUACAACCUCGUGCCCGGUUACGUCUUCCUUUUUGAACUCUUUGACGAGGCAAAGAAGACGGGAAACCCAGCAGAGGCACAUUGGGGAUUGCUCAACCAGGACGGAACCCCCAAGCUUGGCUUGACGGAGUUCGUCCUCCCCCCAUCUUUCUCGGCAACAAAGCCCUGA